AGGUCUCAAAACGAAAGCAAGUUUUAUGCUUUCUCGUUGUGUGUGUGUGCUGUCUCGCCGGCGUCGGAACUAUUCAAAUUCGAGUAUGGUAAAAAAAGCUCUCCUCAUCCUCGCCGAAGGUGCGGAAGAGAUGGAAGCGAUUAUCGCAGCCGAUGUAUUGCGAAGAGCUGGCGUCGACGUUAACAUCGCUGGCCUCACCGGCUCCAGCCCCGUGAAGUGCAGCCGAAACGUCGUGGUUGUACCCGACAUGAGUUUGGAACAAGCUGCGUUGCAGGUUCCGUACGAUGUAAUCGUUCUACCCGGCGGGCUCAAAGGAGCAGAAAGCUUGGCAGCGAGUCCAGCAGUUGGCAAGUUGCUGAAGGAGCAAGAAAAAAGUGGACGACUCGUUGCUGCAAUUUGUGCAGCUCCUAUUGCUCUGAAGAGUCAUGGAAUUGGUCAAGGAAAGCUAGUCACAUCGCACCCAAGCAAGAAAGAAGACAUUUCUAAGGGUGACUAUAAGUACUGCGAGGACAGAGUCGUGAUUGACGGUCAACUGAUUACAAGCCGCGGCCCGGGUACAGCCUUUGAGUUUGCCUUGGCCAUUGUCGAGAAGCUGGAGAACAAAGCAGCUGCCGAAAAACUCGUUCCGCCCAUGCUGGUCAAAGUGUGAUCCCUUGCUCCUGCCACCACAGACUUCUCAACUGCCCGAACCUAUCAGUUUCGUUGCUGCUAGCAGGUCUGUCUGUGGCUAGAUUAUUUGCUUACUUUUGUCGAAAUAAAUUACAUACCCAUUUUCUGAGUA